AUGCUUCGGUUGGAGCAAAAAUGGAGAAACCAACUACCUACACAGAGUGGCGGCUCAAAGAGAACCAAGGUUAGUGCAACUGGAGCAUACUCAUCCUCAUCAAACCCAGAAACAUCGUUGGCUGACGAACCCGGUGUGGACUCUCCCGUUCGCCCACAAGGAUCAAAGAAGAGCAAGCGAAAAGGUAAGGAAAAAGCACAAAUGUCUGAAGAUUUUAGCGAAAAAAAUAAUCGGUGGUUAAAAAAGUUAUCUCUCAUGGAAGAAAUUAAGAAUGUUAGAGAAAAGGAACUAAUGGAUAGGGAAAAAGAAAGAGAAGAGGAGAGGGAACAUAAAGCAAAGAUUAUGGCAAUCAAAGAGAAGGAGUUACAAAUUCAAGCGGCAAUGCGUGGUUAUUGUGGGGUUGCAACCAUAGUACUUGAGGUUGUAGCAUCUUCAGACCUUUGGAUAUGGCAUGCGUUCUUUGGAGUUUCUGGUUCAAAUAACGAUAUCAACGUGUUAGAUCAUUUUCCAGUGCUCGAUGAUAUUCUAAAUGACCGUGCUCCGGAGGUAAAUUAUACUAUUAAUGGUAAUAAUUAUACCAUGGGAUACUAUUUAGCAGAUGAUAUUUAUCCUGAAUGGGCCACAUUUGUCAAAUCAAUCUCAAAGCCACAAGGAGAGAAACGCAAGUUAUUUGCACAAUACCAAGAAGGGCAAAGAAAAGAUGUAGAGCGAGCAUUCGGAGUGUUGCAAGCACGCUUUGCAAUUAUACGUGGUCCAGCUCGCUUUUGGAAAAAGAAGAAGCUUGCCAACAUAAUGAGAGCUUGUAUUAUAUUACAUAAUAUGAUUGUUGAGGAUGAAAGAGACACUUAUGCAGGAAAUUUUGCUCAAGGCUUAGAGUAUGAUGAUGUCGAAAAUGGCUUAUCACAACCUCAGUUGAGAGAAGAAGAUUUUGCACCAUACCAUCAAUUUCUCCAAAGAAAUGCCAAACUUCGAAAUAGGCAGCAACAUAGACAAUUGACAAAGGACUUGAUUGAACACAUAUGGCAAUUUCACAAUGCUCGUCGUCAACUAUAG